AUGGGUGAUGAACUGAUAGUGACUGGCUUUCAUCUCAAUGGAAGGAAGACCCAAGUUUGGGAUUCCGAUUCUAAUAUGAAAAGCUUGCUUGCCGUCCACCUCUGGCGUCGAAGAUACAGAUAUAACCGACUGCUUGCUGAUAUCGUGUGGAGUCAGUUGCCCAAUGACGACCUGUCCUCAAAUGUAAUUGAAAAACAGAUCAUUGGGACGGAAGAGAGAAAUGAGGCUCACCCUUACCAGAAUCAUCUGCGUCGACAGGAGAAAUGGAGCCACCCAACCGACAUGGUGGAAGGGCAGGUUCACAAUAUAACAGAAAUUGAAAACGUCCAACAACACACCAGCGAACCGAAAGUGAAAAAAAGUGCAGCACGACUAACACGUCCCGCCCUCUCAUUCCGUCGACAUGAAACAAAGGACAGGCGGUACGGAGGGCGCGCGUGCUGGUACGAUAAGAAGGAUGAGCGUUUUUCGAAGGCUGAAGUCCGAACCAAGUCCGCUGCGUUUGCAAACACGCCACUUCACGCGAUGGCGACGGAAUGGCUCGAUCAUCGGACAGUCGCUGGUCAUCAGCAGCCAAUGAGAGCACAGAACACUGAAAGUAUAUUCUCUUCUUUCAAACGAUGA